AUGAAGGUGAAGAAAUUCUUUCUCGCUUUAGUCCUCUUAAUCACUUUUUCUGCAAUCUUCACGCUUGCUGAAGAGAGUGAAAAGGAUGGCGAAGCAGCAGCAGAGGCUGUAGAAACAACCGAGGAAGCGGAAUCCGCGGAAGAAGGCGACGAAACAGAGGCAACUUCUGAAGGAGGCAGCGCCGAAGAAGUGAAAGAGGAAGACGAUGUUUUGGUUUUAACGACCAAAACAUUCGACUCUGUGGUCAAGGAAAACGAUAUCGUACUUGUGGAGUUCUAUGCACCAUGGUUUGUUGAAUUAAUAUUGAUACUGCGUGAUUUAAUUUGUUUAUCGUGGUUCACUUUUGUGGUUCGUAAAUCCUGAAGUAUCAAAUGCCUGAUCCGAAUAUAAAUUUUGUUAUUGCACUCCAUUUUUUUUUAGAAACCUUUCCGAAAAGAUUCGUCUCAGAAAUUGUUUAUGCCACAAUGAAACUUCUUAGAACCUAUUGAGCGUUUAACAAUUGCGUUAACUUUCCCUACAAUUCACUUCAAGCACCCACCCGUGAACUGAAUACAGGAAUGCAAUUAAACAGAUCAGUUGUGUAUAGUUAGUCAAAAUACUAUGAAUUUCAUUUUGAGCUGCUGCCAAGCAGUGAUUUCUCGGUUUUGUUUAUAAUUUAAACAGUACUUCACAAGCCAAACGAAGAAGAAAAUGUUGGAUUUUAAUCAACCUGAUUUAUCACUAGACUAAGUAUAGAAUUAUCUAGAUAGUUUUAAAUUGUUUUUAAUUUCAUAACAAUGAUGGAUAGGAUGCAUUGGAGGAAAAAAUAUCAAGCUCUAUGAAGCUUGCCAAAAAACCUUGAAUCUGUUUAAAGUUAAGGACAAAGGACUAUUUUAACUCUGGAAAACUGAAAUGUGCUUAGGAAAACCCAUAGAAAGUAUUGAAUGACCAACAGAUUGGGCUGAUACAAUGGCUUUCCAUCAAUGGUCUCAGUCUUAGAGAGUUUGAGCUAGUUUAAAGAAAAGCCCUACAACCAAAUUACUUGAUGUUUUAGCUUUUCAUAAGACUACUCUUGUUGGCUCUGAAUUCCUUCCACUCCAUGUCUAGUAAUAGAUUGCCACUUUUUUUUGUAAAUGAAUGUUGAAACAAAGAUUAUCAGGGUAACAGGGCACAUGAUGAAUAAACCAUUCUCCAGUUAAUUUUAUUAACAAAUUAGCCAUUUGAAAUGUUUUUCCUGUUCAGGAGACCAAAUACAACUCUCUGAAGGCAAGAAGGGCUGGUUGUUCCUCGUGGAAAAAGUUCCUGAUGAACUUUGAUUUCUGAUUUUCCUCUCUCUCCAUUCAAAGGUGUGGCCACUGCAAGUCUUUGGCACCAGAAUAUGCAAAAGCUGCAAAGAGAAUGAAGGAGGCUGAUCCUCCUGUGCCAUUCGCUAAAGUGGAUGCCACAGUAGAGACAGAACUUGCCUCAAAGUAUGAUGUUAGUGGCUACCCAACAUUGAAAAUCUUCCGUAAGGGAGAGGCACAUGCCUAUGAGGGCCCUCGAGAUGAAGAAGGUACCGCUGUUGUAACAGAUAGUUUUAAGUAGUUUUUUUUUGUCAUGGGUUAUCUUUCUACAGAUUGUACUGUCAUCAACUAUAAUCUUAAGGAAUAGUUUGACAAUACAUGUUUGUAUAGAGUACAGGUGUUUUUGUAUGUUUAGUUUCUACAAAAGUGUGACAAUGCUUUCAUAUUGAUCCUAAUGCCAAAACCUUUUAAAGGGAAAAUUUUAAAUGGCCUCAUAUUAGCACACCUUUACAGAUGUCAACACCUUUUAGGAAGGUUAAAACUUAAUGUGUUAAUGAAAUUUAGAUAAAAUUGAAGAGACAUACAAGUUAUUUAACUUCAAACUUGAGAUACGGUUUCCUCUAAAAUUUAACCCCAUGAGCCACUUGAUUUUAUUUUAUUAAUACCCAGCUGGAUCUUCUCCUUUUUAAAAUUUGAUACUCAGAGGUAUUGAUUAAGGUAUUGUUAUUGUAUUUUUUGGCUGGUAGAAAAAAAAAUGACUCUGCUAUUUUCCUUGUGUUCUAGUGGUGCAUAAUUGACAUGUUUUAUUUACAUUCAAUUUAGUUUUAGAUGUUUAGUUGGGGAUGACAGCCAAUUUUGUGUUUUACAUAUACUGCAGAAUAGCCUACUGAUGAAUAUUCAAGCCCCCAAAUCCUUAAGAAGUUUCUAAUGAUCACAUAAUUGCUGGCUUUUAGUAGAAUCACUGAAUAUUCUAAUCAAACUGUAUUCUGCACAGUACACUUUAUAUCCAAGAGUUCACUAUAGUGUCACUUUGAUUUCUUUAGGUAUUGUCAGUUACAUGAAAAAGAAUUCAGAUCCAAACUGGAAACCACCCCCAGAAGCUGUUGUAACUCUCACUAAAGAUAACUUCACAGAGACUGUGAACAGUGAAUCCCUGAUGCUUGUGGAAUUUUAUGCUCCUUGGUAUGAAAAUCAGAACUAUUUUACUCCCUGUGUAAGAUUAUUGGCAAGAUUGCCUGGAUUAUUUUUCCAAGACAUUAUCAAUGAGUUAAACUCAUUGGAAACAUGUCUUGGAAAAACAAUCCUGGCAAUCUUGCUUGUUGUCCCAGAUUUGUCUCACUUGUCAUUGCAUCUAACUAGGCACUUGUAAGCCUUGAGGGAGCUCUGAAUCCUUUGGUGUGUUGGUGAACUUUAUAUAACUGUACAGGAAUGCUUUGCUUACUCUAGAGGCUGUGAUUUGAUUAAGGGUGUAGCAUAUAUAUCUAUAUUACACCUCACAAUGCUUAUGAAGGGUUGGGAUGUUGUUACAGAAACAAGUUACAUGAUGAUGUGUUAUACAGAAAAGUUCCCUAGAGUUCUUGUAUAAGCUGUAGGUAGGAGUAAAUUUUCAUGCAGGUUGCAGCUUAGGAUGUAACUAUCACAUUUUAAGAGUGUUAAUUUAGCACUAGCAAUAUUUAUAGAAUGUACCUAUAAACUUUGAAAGGAAAAAGCUGGCCAGGCCUCAGAAAACCUAACAGCCAUGUUUAAAGCAACCGUGAUCAAUUUUGUGGGAGGGUUGUCCUAAACCCUUUAACUCCCAUGUGUGACCAAAACAGAAUUUCUCCUUAUAAUAUCAAUUCAGUAUGAAGCAGGUAAGUGAUGAGAAUAAAGAGAAUAUCAAUCAAGGACCAUUAGUUGAUCCAAUACCAAAUUCUCCAAACUAACAUCACAAGGAUGGUAUGGCUGGCAGUAAGGAGAAUUUCUUAUGAGAUCUUGGGAGUGAAAGGGUUCACUUUGUUCAGUACAAAAUGGUAUCAAAUCAAACUUUUCACAAUCUCCAUUGUCUUGGAGUAUAGCUAACUAUUCCCGUUUAAAGAGAAUUUCAAGUAUUUAGUAUCUAAGUUGAAAUGGAUUUAUUGUAUGUAGGUGUGGACACUGUAAAAGACUUGCACCAGAAUAUGAGAAAGCAGCCCAGGAGCUGGAGAAGAAUGACCCACCUAUCAUGUUGGCUAAAGUGAAUGCUGAUGAAGAGAAAAAAUUAGCACAGGACUAUGAGGUGACUGGAUAUCCCACACUCAAAGUGUUCCGCCAGGGCAAGGCAUCUGACUACAAGGGUCCUAGAAAUCAGUGGGGUAAGUUGAUUAUUUACACCUUGUGUGCCAUUUUUUCUUUCCUACCACAUUUUGAUGUCAUCUGUGAUCUAUAAGUGAACAGACACAGGAAAAUGGCAAUGUCUGUAUUUAAGCCUAUUGGCCCACCUAGUUGGAGCUUAUCCCCAUUUCCAUGUUUCAUGUAGCAAUUAGGAGUAUUGCUACUCCCCCUCUGGAUGGGAUGCCAGUCCAUUGCAAUCUUACCCUCCCCUCAGCAUUUCAUCAGUCUUCCCUUACAGUUUACUGGUACCCAUUUAUACUCCUGAGUGAAGAGAGGCAUUGUGAGAAUUAAGCAUCUUGCCCUAAGAACACAGUACAUGGAACCAGCCAGGUUUGAACCCAGACCUCUUUACCUGGCAUUGUCAGAGACUUUGAUUCAUAUGUGACACAUGUCAGAUGAUGAGUGUGAGCAUUGUGUCAAGAGCUAGAAGCACCGCCUUAAGUGAUUUUGGAACAUUGAUCGGUUUACAUAAUCAACGGUACCUUGAAUGACCUUUCAAAUCAGUACUUGGCAACAACCAAUCACAAUGUAGAGAAUAUCGCAUAAGAGAGUGAUUUCUUACUAAUUUUGCAGAGUAGCUUUUUACACACCCAUUGUACAUAAUCGAAUAUGAGAUUGGAAUAAAACAGUUUGAUUGAGUCUAGUUCGUUAGAAUUCUAUCCCUAGUAAACAGGGCAAAGUUUACGAAACAUCCAGUGCAUAAGGCCACUGUUUCUCCCACAUGCAGGGCAACUUUAAAUCUAUUUGUUAAUUUAUAACAAAUUUGAAAAUGUUUUCCUUUGUUUUCUUUAGGCAUUGUAGACUACAUGCGUAGCCAAGUUGGGCCAAGUUCUAAGGAGAUGACUUCACUUAAAGCACUCAAGGACUUUAUGAAGGAGAGAGAUGAAUUAGUAAUUGUUGGAUUCUUCAAGGAUGCAAACGAAAAGUUGUAUGCAACAUACCUUGAAGCCAACAAUGACAUUAGGGAUGACUACCCCUUUGCACACACCUUUGACGCUGCAGCCAAGAAAUACUUUGGAAUCACUAAGAGCUCCAUUGUGAUGUUCCAACCUGAAAAGUUUAGAUCAAAAUUUGAAGAUAAACAUAUUGUUUUUAAGGUAAGAAGCGAGUGGUUCUGAUAGUCUGAUCAGAUUACGAGAUAACUUUUGGAAAUUACAAAUAGCUCUGAAAGCAAUGUUAGGGUCCCUAUUUUUUACUGUAGCUAGUGGAGCAACCUGGCCUGUUCCAGGCGCUCAGUUAAUAAAACAGAGCGAAAUGAACGAACGGCGUGUUAUUGGUAGCGGAACAGAAAAAAGGAGGCAGGUUUGGGCCGGCUCAGACCUCCCUUGUUUUUUCGCUCAGCUACUAUAAUCGCGCUUCGUUUACCAAACCGAACGCCUGAAACAGGUAAGGAAAAGCCCCAAAUUUUAACUCUGUAUUUACUUCUGAUGUGUGCCAAAUUAAUCACUUCGUAUCACAUGUAGUACCUUUUUUUGCCAACAUGUUCUUAUUCUAACUUUAUUGUAAAAUACACAGGGCGAUGAUCCAAAGCAAGAGGAUAUCCAAAAGUUUUAUGAGGACAAACGUAUCCCUCUUGUCGGUCAAAUGACUUCAUAUGAUCAGCAGAAGAAGUACACAAAGCGUCCUCUCUGUGUUGUCUAUUAUGAUGUGGAUUUCGGCUUUGAACAACGGAAAGGUUAGUAAUUUACUUGGUUUGUAUGCACUCAAUGCUGCCUCUUUCGGGAAAUGAGCGAUUUUAAAGGCUACUUAACAAUACUCACGUUACUGGCGUGGCAACUGGUCAGUACACAUCAAGACAACUACUUUGCAUGGCCAGUAAUUUUUCGGGCAACCAAUAAGAAUACUGAAGGCAAGCAUAGUUAAGUCUCUCUUAAAUUUCCCCUCACAAUAAUCAACGAAAACGAAGGAAUAGCUUAUCGCGCAAAAUAGUAAGCUUGUAUAGAUUUGAACAUGGCUCCAUAAUGCACUCGCUGACGGGUAGAACCAAUUUUGGUCUGGUUGUCUUACUUAGGUUCUAUUAUUCUCGCAAUUUAGAGAACCCCCAAAUGUGAAAACGCAGCAUUCUAUUCAUUUUUUAACGUCGAAUUUCUAUUUCAAUUAAAACUGACAUGGAGCUUUCUUCUCCAGCGACCCAGUUCUGGCGUCAAAAAGUUCUAGAAGUGGCUAACGACCACCGCGAUGUAACAUUUGCUAUUGCUAGCGAGAGUGACUUUGAGAAAGAGCUGAAAGACUUUGGUCUGGAUGACUCUGGAGAAGAGAUUAACGUUGGCUGCUUUGAUGACAAGAACAGAAAAUACAGAAUGGAGCCGGAUGAGGAAUUCGAUGAAGAUAGCCUUCGCGAAUUUGUGGAAAACUUCAAGAACGGUACUAUUUUCUGUUGUGCAUGAUACUGAUACUCAUAUAACGCACGACCGCCUAAGGGAUAGAAAAACUUGGGAGGGGCCAAUGCACCACUUGAUUGAUUAUACUAGCCUUCUGGUAGAGAGGGAAGUACCUAUUUAUAUGUUGUGGAAAUCGUUUGACUUAUUCUUAGAGAAUCUCAGAAUGUGAUAGGAAUGUUUUUGAUAUUUUAAUCCGUAUAAGGAAUUUUUUCCUACUGUAAUCCUGAUAUUCCCUCGGCGAGAACCUCUGCCUUCUUUCUUUACAUGCCUUAUUUUUUGAACAGAAUUGUUAAGGGACUGUCCACAUAAAAAUAAAGUUUUCGUUUGACUAGCAUACCUUCCAGGGAGAGUACGUGUUGCAAUUCUCGUAUUUUCUCCAUGUGACAGAGAAAGGGAAGAGCUGUAGUAUUUUGACCAAGCUUAAGAGACUUGUGCGGUCUUCAUAGGAAUUUCAUCGAGAAUACUUUUCAUUUCUUGUAACAGGCAACAUUAAACCAAUUGCGAAAUCACAACCUGCACCAAAGAAGAACACUGGUCCUGUGACAGUCGUAGUAGGGGAUACAUUUGAAGAAAUCGUCAUGGAUCCUAAAAAAGAUGUUCUUCUCGAGCUGUAUGCUCCCUGGUGCGGCCACUGCAAGGCUCUUGAACCCGUCUACAAGAAAUUAGGUAAACAUUUUAAAGAUCAACCUAACAUAGUCAUCGCUAAAAUGGAUGCAACCGCUAACGACGCACCUCCAGAAUACGCCGCAGAGGGCUUCCCCACCAUCUUCUUUGCACCAGCUAACGACAAGAGGAACCCUAUCAAGUACGGCGAUGGUGAGCGAGAACUUAACGACUUAGUGAAAUUUGUAGAGGAGAAGGCUACAGUUUCUUUGACAAAAGCUAAAGAGGAGCUUUAAAUUCUAGGUAGAAAACUCUUUUAGACUGUCGCCUUAUUUUAUAUUGCGAAAUAGACGCAACCAAAACAUUUGUGCAAGGUUGCGUUUUCGUGGACACGGAGAAGAGAAAGUAGAGAAUGUUAUUUUAAUGGCGUUUCCUGGCUAUUUUUGCAUAGGUCUUACCCAAUUCCACACAUCAGAAAAUAAAAUGCACUUUGUGCUGUAAGAGUUGGAAUUUCGAGGCACUCAGUGGAAAUAUAAAUUCUAUAUUUAACCUUUUAACCGCCAUGGGUGGCAAAGAAGGAAUUCCUCCUUAUACUAUCAAUACAAUAUCAAGCAGACAAGUGAUGAGAAUAAAGAGAAAUUUUAACUCGGAGAUUAUUAGUUGAUCCAAUACCAGCCGAAGUUUUUUUUUCCUCGGAGAGAGGGAUUGGGGUAGGGGGAUCAGUCGUCGUCCACAGAGGCUAAAAUACAAAAAUUGAUUGCCAGUGAUGGGGGUACCGAAAAAAUAUAACAGCCUUAUGGGGGAUCUGGUAAAUUUAAUCGCGACACAACCAACAUUCUUGAACCCCGGUUAGAUAGGUGAUGAACUGUCCCUUAGGCGAGGAAGUACCUAAAAUGAAGAGGAUAUUUUAAAGUGAAGCUGGUAUUUGAACUGAUUUGGUGACAUAGUGGCUCGUGGCCUGCGGCUGUUUAGCGGCGUUUAUCGCAGCAUUUGACAGUUUCUAGCGCUGGAAAAUUUUCAACCAAUUCCAUUGCAUUUUAAAUACCUACAAGUGUCUUUAUUGGUUCGGGAAUGAACUUUUUUUUUACCUGUUUGAUAAUCUGAAGUCGAACUUUUCUAGUAAAACAAGCGCUUUAGGUGAAAGGUUUACAGGGCAAAGUGACCGCAAAAUCCGCCAUUUAACUUUCAGUGUUUGCAUGAUAAUGCAGAAGGGUGUGUGCAUUUGCUCUCGUGAAGAUCCCAUGUCGAUACCAGUGAUAAAGUGAAGCGUACACAUUAGACAAUCAGGCGUACACCAUUAGUAUUCGUUUCCAGGAGAUCUUCCUUGGAGAGCAUUUAAAGCAAUGAAUGUUGAUGUGUGACCAACGCCCAACACACAUCUUUAAAUUCUCCAAUAUAUCUAGCCACAGCCUGGGAAACAAAAUUAAGGUCUUAUUAGUUGCAGGCUCAACAGUAGCUAGUUCAAUUUUCUGUAGUUGACAAUAAAGAGAUUCUCAAUGGGAUGAUGGCUUUUACGGCUAACGAUUAAAAUUUCGACCAUUUUACGGCUACGGUUAACUCAAAAUGACACAUUGUAAAAAGGAAAAAAAUCUAAGGUUAACA